GAGCGGAGGCGGGGCUUGGGGCUGGUCGAGCCUCUGGUGGGUAGGUGGGUUCAGACUGAGGGGACUACGGGUCGGCGUUGGGCUCAGCGGACUCGAAACAAAGGACUAUCCGGUAGGGUUUCAACUAGGCACCUUCUGGUUAGUGUCUGAGAGGCGGUCGAGGCUUCUGGGUCAUCCAGUGCCCUCGCGGCGCGGUCUCAGCCGGUUUCUCGUCGCUUCCAUACAGCCAGCGCCGCGUUGGGGGACCCCGCGCAGUGGCACCUGCUGCUGAGGGACCCCGCGGCCCGCCCAGGUGCUCAUGAUGGGGCUGAUCUUCGCUAAACUGUGGAGCCUCUUCUGUAACCAAGAACACAAAGUAAUUAUAGUGGGAUUGGAUAAUGCAGGGAAAACCACCAUUCUUUAUCAAUUCUUAAUGAAUGAAGUGGUCCAUACUUCUCCAACUAUAGGAAGCAAUGUAGAAGAAAUAGUUGUAAAGAAUACUCAUUUUCUUAUGUGGGAUAUUGGUGGUCAAGAAUCCCUACGGUCAUCUUGGAACACAUAUUACUCAAACACAGAGUUCAUCAUUCUCGUUGUUGAUAGUAUUGACAGGGAACGACUAGCUAUUACGAAAGAAGAAUUAUACAGAAUGUUGGCUCAUGAGGAUUUAAGGAAAGCUGCAGUCCUUAUCUUUGCAAAUAAACAGGAUAUGAAAGGGUGUAUGACGGCAGCUGAAAUCUCUAAAUACCUCACCCUUAGUUCAAUUAAGGAUCAUCCAUGGCACAUUCAGUCUUGCUGUGCUUUAACAGGAGAAGGGUUAUGCCAAGGUCUAGAGUGGAUGACGUCCCGGAUUGGCGUAAGAUAACUUUUUAGCUUGAAAGGACUGCUCUAUUUAUUCUAUGACAUGAACAUUUUUCCUAGUACCUUUGGCUGCUGAGGCAGCAGCAUGUUUAAUUUAUAACAACACAAACCUCUAUGAGCAACACUUGAAUCAAGUGCAGCUGAACUGGAACAUAAAAGAUUUUUUCUUAACUUUUUUUUAAAUGCACUAAUCUUCAGUUGGAUGAACAUAAUGCAUAACUGUUUUCAGCAACAGAACUCUUCUGACUGCUUAUUCUGUAUUCUAAUUAUUCAGUGACUGCCUUGUAAAAAAUGUUUGUCAUAUGUUUAAUGUUUUCAAAAGUAUUGUUAUAACCUUUAUGACCAAUUUCUUUCCAUUUAUGAUCACCACUCCCUCCUUCCAGUUUUGACAGAAUUUUAGUGGAAAUUAUCAGGUACUACUUCCAAAUUUUUCCAGCACUAAAUAUUUGUUCUUUUUAUGAAUCAUUUAUCUUUUUGACAGACUUUAUUCUAAAGAAAUAAAUCUGCCUAGAAGAUACAUAUUAGAAAGAUUAACCAUCAUGGAUAUUUGCCUUUAUUUCCCUCACAUAUUGCAUUUCAUGGAAGAAUUAUAAGUUGCUAUUAGCAUGGAAAUUAAGUGGACUAUUAAUUUAUUUAAAGAAAUUGAGUUCACUUUUGUGCUUACAACAUUUGGUAAAAACUAAUCCAGGUAAAAUAUUUAUUUGAAAGCCUGGCAUGGAUGGUAAAUACUGUUGGAUUAAUCUGGUAAUAAUCAGAAAUUAUUAAGGCACACCAGCACUAAAAUUAAAAUAUGACAUCUGAAUCUAUUUUACUAUCAAUUUGCAAAACUCUGUUAUCCACAAAAUUUCAGCUAUUAUUUGAAGAAAACAUUUGGACAGUAACUAAAGCAGAAGUAUGAAUAGUCCUUGUUUUUUUCCUUAAAAUUUAGUGUCUGUAAUAGCAUUUUUGCCACCAGCAGAAUAUUAAAAAACCAUGGGGCUUUCUUUAAAUAUUUUUGAGAAUAUUGUAUGGAGUAGCCUUGAAACAGUUGCCAUCUUUGAGUUAUGUAUACUUCAUGUUCUAAAAUCUUAUAGGAAACUGCUAAAUUUAAUCCUAGCUUUUAUAAUAUUACUAUAAUACUCAAAGUUAGUAUUCUUAACACCACAUAAAUUCAGAAAUCAAAGUGCAGGAAACGUCAUAAUCAAGUUUAUUUAUUGGAUAGCAUUAAAAAGGUUUUGAGGCAGUUGUCUAAUAUGAAUAUGUAAGCAUUGCAUAUUUUCAAUUAAGAGGGAGGACAGGAAUUUGAAUUCUUUUAUUUCAAAUGUGUGAUUUUGCUCUAAAGAAGGUAUAGAACAUAUAUUUAGAGAAUAUUAUUCCAUUCUUGCAGUAUUUUUUUCUUUUGGAUCAAAAAUAAGAUUCAGUGUUCAUAAGAGUAUCAAAAUAUCUGUUCAAAAGUGGUAUUUUAAUUUUAAUGUUUUAUUUGUAAAUGAAUUUAAAUUUUGCUGUUUUCAGGUAUAUUUAGUUUACUAUAUUGAGAUUAAUUAAUUGAGAUAAACUUGAUAACACUUUUCUGAGUUAUUUAGUGGUAGCAUGCCCUCGAACAGAAAAAUGGCCAAGAGAAAGCUUUCUGGACUUUGGAAAAUAAUUAACUUUAUUUUGAACCUUUUAAUUAAUUAUUCUAUACCAAGUAGUGGCUUAGUUUAGUUUUAAUAUAACCCAUAAUCAAGAACAAGUGAGAAAAGUAGAUAUAAAUCAAUACAGAUGCUUUGUGGGGUGUGUGUGUGUGUGUGUGUGUGUGUGUGUGUGUGUUGUGAGUGGUGGUGGUGGAGGGAGAUGGGAAUUAAGAAAAUACCAUUUGCCUAAAGCACACUUUGCCUGAAUUUCUACUUGGUUUUAUUGUUUACUGUAAGUACUAAGAAAAAUUCUCGAACCUAUCCUGAGAGAAAAAGUAUAUUUAGUACUCCAGUAUUCUUAUGAAAUGAUUAUCUGCCUUCAUGUAUCCAAUAAGAUUGGCUGGUUCAGUUCUCUUCUAUCAAAUUACAUGUUUAUUUUUUAUAUUACCACAUCAGCAUUAUAUUGAAAGUGUUUUUAAUAGUUGAUUGUAUUUUGUCAAACAGCUAUACUAGUAGAGUCUAAGAUUCACUAUUUAAUUUUCUAAGUAAUUUUUUAAAACUGUUUUGUUAUUUUUGGAUUAGAAGUGAUCUGUGUUAGCUGUUUGUUGAGGAGGAAGUCAUCAUUCAAGUAGACUUUGUGCCAACGAUUGGGAAAAGUUCAAUUAGGAAGUUCAUACAAAACUUUUUAAAAGGUUUUCGUUAGAUCUUUCCUGUUACAUAGUAUGAAAACUGAUCAUCCUUUACUCCAAGAGAAUGUCUUUACAUAAGCAAGUAUCUAAUACUGAAGCAUUGAUCUUAUUCAUUAUAACAGCCAAUAUAUAUUAUUUGAAAAAUGUAAAUUUGUGAUUAGUGCCUUUAUUCAUAUUUGAGAUAAGUUCUUAAUUUUGUAUUAUACCUGUUCUUUAGAAGUCAGCAGCUAAUUAGUUCAACAAGGGAAUAAUUUGAGCUUUUACCCUCUCUGUUCACUCCACAUAUUGCAUAGCAAAGUUUCUAAUAAGUGGAAAGUAAGAAACCCAACACAUAUUACCUUCAGGAGAUUAUUAUACAUUUUAUUUUUAAUUGGAGGAUAAAGAAUUUAAAGUUUUGUGGGGUUUUUUGUUGUUUAUUUGUUUUGUUUUUUAGUCGAAGAUAGAUACAAUACCUUUAUUUUUUAUUUAUUUAUGUGAUGCUGAGGAUAGAACCCAGUGCUUCACAAGUGCUAGGCAAGCACUCUACCCUAACCCCAAAGAAUUUAAAUUUUAAGGAAAAUAUUUUCAUUGUGUUAAAAUGUACUUGCUUUUGCAAGUUCAAAUAUGGCAUCUUUCUUAAUUCUGAGAUUUUGCUGUUUGAAACUCACUUGAGAACUCUUAGAAUUAACUGUCCUUUUUUAAUAAGGGAAUAUAUUUGAUAUUGUUAAUGUAAUUUAAUUUCUUAAAACCUGAAAUAUUAUAUAUAUAUAUACAUACACACAUAAAAUCUAUUGAAAACUGAGAAUUAAAUAUGUAAUUUUUGCUUUUAAGUUCUUGUGUUAGUAUGCUUAAAGGUAUAUUUUAUUCUGUAUUCAUUAGAGAAAAGAUAAUACAAAUUUCAGUGCUGAAAAUUUCUAAAUGUCACCACCCCUAUAGCCAUAAUCACUUUGAUUAAGCAUAAUUGAACUUUUUUUAUCUCUAAAAUAAAGAGAAAAUAAUUAUUUUCUUAUGGAAGCAGUGAGUAAUAUAGGCAAUGCCAUUUACAGUAGCCUCUGAAGAGCCAUGGAACGCUCAAAGCAAAGAAAAUUUUGAAGAAAACAAUAGAAGCUUUUUUAUUUCUUUUUGCUCUAGUGUUGUAGGACAAAUUAUAGAUGAAAUUGUUUCUGAAUAGCACUCACUUAAUCCAUAAAUGUACUUUAGGAAAGUAUACUAGUCCUGUACAUAUAUAUGUAUAAGUUUUAUUGGCAUUUCUCUUAAAUUCUUAAUUUAUGGCUUUGAACCAAAAAACUUUUAAAUCAUACUCAUUUAUUAUUUGAUUCCUACCCCCUUAUCACUCAUUUAUUAUUCAAACAAGUAGGAAAUUUAAUAACUACUAUUCAACUUAAAUUGAAUUAAUGGCUAAUGAUAAUACAAAAGAGAAAACAAGCCAUAUUGCAUAGAAAAUAAUAUACUGCUUAAAAAACAUUGGUGUAUAUUGGAAAUACCUUCUUCUGGAAAAUUUAUCUCGCUCAUUUUCCUGGCUUUCCUAAUUGGAUGGAAGUGGUUAGUUCAGUUUAUUGCCUAUAAAUGCUACCCCAAACUACAAUUCUGUGUAACUUUUUAGUAUUGAAAAUAUACUGUAGACAGACUGUUCUUGUUUUAUAAAUGUCUGCAUAAAUUUGAAACUUUUUUAUAUUGAAGGUUAAAUUUUCCAGUAGUGUCUCAUCAUUAUUCAUUGAUUUUAACUGUGAAGACAACCCAAAAGCUAGGCUCCUCCUCAAAAAAUGUAUAGUUUAAGAAUUUUGGGUAACCAAAGCUAUUUUAGAAAAGGUCAAUGUGAAAAAUAUGUUUAACUUCUACAUUUUAAAUUUAGGGGAGGAAAUGUAUUCAGUUGGCCUAGAGUCAGCUUUAAAUAUAUGUGCUUUGAUGAAAUGUUUGGAUAGUGUUAAUUUGAAUGCUAUUAGAAACAAAUUCUGAAUAUUUGAAAUUAAAGAUAGAUAUAAAAUCUUCAAAAGGAUAUUAGAUAAGAAAAUGUGAAUGGAAGAAUGAAUUUCUCCCCCUCCUAUUUAAGGCACUUGUAAUUACUAGAAAGUAUAUAAUAGUUUACUGUAGAACUAGUUGACCUGUAUUAUUUUUAAUGUCACCAAAAAAAUUGAAGAUUGGUUACGUUUUCAGAUUUUGGAACUAUAGUCACAUACAGGCAUCUUUUCCCUGCCACCUACCCCCCAUCCCCGCCCCUUAACCAGUAAUCUAUCUAAAUAUUCUCCUGAAAAUGAAGAGAUAAUAUAAUGUGCUCUUCGUGGCUUUUGGAAUAGAAAACAAAGUCCUGGCUAGGGUCAGUGGCACAUGCCUACAAUCCCAGCAACUAGAGAGGCUGAGUCAGGAGGUUCAUAAAUUCAAGACCAGCCCUAAGUGACUUAGCAAGACCAUCUCAGAAUAAAAAAACAAAAAGGUGCUGGAGAUGUCACUAAUGGUACAGUGCCCCUGGGUUCAGUCCCCAAAGAAAAGGAAGAAGAAAGAAAAGAAAAAGGAAAACAACGUUCUGAAAGAGUGGAAAUGUUUUCUUGCACCAACUUGUAAAUUUUUUAUUAAAAAGUUACCUCAUUUUUCAGUCCACAAGGUGCUUUGCUCAAGUUUGUGGGAUGUUACACCAUCCCAUAAUACCCCAUUCACCCAAACUGUGUUUGAAAUAUGCAAAAUUCACAACUAAGGAAUCGAAUUCCUUAAGAGAUUUUUGUUUUAUUCUUAAUUGUUUAUUAUCAGCAGGGCUAACAUGAUGCAUCAGAUUCACAUACAGUUUUCAUUAAAGCAAAUGAGCCAAUACUCAUUCAAUAUUUAAUUAGUUAAAUAGAAUAAGGGAAAGGAAAAUCCUUUAAUUUGAGUGGUUGUAGUAUUCUGUGAAUAUAUUUCCGUCAAUUUUGGUUAAAAUAGCAAAUGACUAUCAUUUGAUCUCAGUUUCUUUGCAUGUUUUAUCCCCUAAAAGACUAUAAUCAUUUUAAUCUUACAUUUUCCCUCAGGAAAUUCAGGGACUUGAAACCCCUCUUUUAUUCUCUUGGAGUAAACUUUCAGUGUGGAUUAUGAAAUUUUUUAAUUUUGGUUUUUAAAAAGUUGAGCUACUGUUUCAUUGAAAGUGUGAAAUGAUGGUUGUUGUUAUUUUUUUCAGUUAUUGGAUUGUUAUAAACUUUAUCAUGUUCAUCUAGUCCACAGAGCAUAAUUAAAAAAAAAAAACUAAAAGCAGUUACAGCCUUGCUCUUGCACUCUAAUCAGAGUGUAAUGAUUAUAAUCACACAUUGCCAUCUUAACAUAAAUUGGUGCUUUAGACCAUUAAAGAGGAAGCUUUAGGUCCCAUAUUCAAUAUACUUCUUGCCUCAGAAUGUACAACUACAUUAAAAUGUGUGUAUUUAUAUUUAUGUUCAUUUUUUAAAAUUUAAAUUGUAUCCAUAAAGAUUCAAGCUUUUUGCAAUAAACAGUAUAUCUUAGUUAAUCAGCCUAAACAAAUACAAAUGGCAUUAUAAGGUCAAAAUUUUGAGUCAGAUCUCUCUGUGGGCCCCCUGCAGUAGUUCUGAGGAAAGAAAAAAUACCCUUCACACCACAAAUUGCUCUGAACCCUAACCAAGCAACUGAAAUGUAUGCCAUUGGUUCAAGAUUAUAAGCAUUAACCAAGAAAAUUGCAAAGGUAAUUAAUGAUUCACAUCAUCACUUCCUACAAAUGGUUCAAAGCAUGUUCUUCUGAUGGUGGGUUGUUUAAAAGACGUGUUUUUGUCAUUUUAAUACUUUAUUACUAUUGUGAAAUGCAUUUUAUAUGUUAAGUUCAGGUGGCUGGUUCUCAUGAUUAUUUCUACAAUUACGUCAUAAUGAGUUGCUUGCAUGCCUACUUAUCUAAGUAAAAGGAUGCUGUUUGCUCUGGAAUGUUCAUCUUUUAAACAGGUUUUGGGUCAUUUACAAUCAUGGUGCAAUAUAGUGUAACAUUCAUUUGUUUUCAGUCAACAGUUUUAUUUUUGUCAUAAUAAAUAAUUACUUUUCCAAUA